UCUCAGAUGACUUUAACUCAUACAGUCAAGACUGACGACAUCAAUCAGAGCUUUGUCACGGAGAGGGAUUGGGUUACUGAAAGACAGGACCUGUCGAACUUGAUAUGUAACCUCCCUAAUCAGGCACUGGAGAGUCAAUGGGAGGCCUUGUUAGCUGCAGAAGCCAAGCGCUCACGACAAAUCAAUGCCGAAAUAAGAAGCAUCAAAGACCGUCUUCAACGACGAUUUGCAGAGUUGGCAGAUAGCUUUGAGGAGCGGUUGCGCCAGUUUUCGUCGGAUCUUGCUGCUAUUGAAGGACCUUUGGAGGCCCAGAAAACACAAGUCAAUGCCAUGUCUGAGGAGCUCAAGCCCUUUUCCCAGCUUUUGGAAGCUUUAGCUGCGGCAGAGAAAGAUUGCCUAGACGCCAAUGUGGAAGAAAACGAUUACACUAUUUUCUCGAGACAAGAUUUGGAGUUUGAGUUGGAACUUGUGCAGCAAGCCAUAGCGAAACGGACCUUGUUCAUUGAAAAUCAGCUAGAGCAGUUCGAGAGUACAUUUAGAUACUUUGACAAGGAUGAGACAAAUACGCUAUCUAUUUCGGAGUUAGCAGCAGCCCUCGCCAGCUUGGAGCAAGAGUACGGCGCCGCCAACUUUGAGGCGUUCAUCAACUUAUUGGUGUGUUGCCUCGCUAGUAUAUCAAAAAUUGGUUAUUUACUUUCUUUCAAGACUGACGACAUCAAUCAGAGCUUUGUCACGGAAAUGGAUCUACAACUGGCUCAGUUAUCGGAUGGAUGUGUCAAAUUCUUGUCCGAACACAUGCCCAGGGCCAGCAACCAGUUAACGGACGGUGCGGCAGAGAGUGGCACCGAGAAGAUGUUGGAUUAUGAAAGAUGGCUAGAUGAAGCCUUCCAAGAAGACUAUCUUGGUGCAAUAUAA